AAUGUGUCGGGCGAUGUGGACCGACACGACUCGUCCAACGACGACAACUUCGAUCAGGUGACCGACUUCUGGAACAAAGUGCUGACCGCCGACGAACGCGAACGACUGGCCAACAAUAUUGGCGGUCAUUUGGUGGCCGCCCAGCCGUUCAUUCAGGAGCGAGCGAUCGCCAACUUUGAGAAAGUUCACCCGGACUUUGGCUCUCGCGUCCGACUCGCCAUCAAGAAGGUGAAGAGCGCAAAUCUGUAAAAGAGUGGACGCUUUGGACCCAUAUAUUAACCGAUUCCUCAAUUUUUUUAUUCAAGAUAUUAAUGAGAUUUGUUUUUAUGGCAAUAUUUUGAGGAUAUAUCUAAAACUGCAAUUAUUAUACAGAAAACAUUUGAAACCUUUUUCUCUAAAUUUGUUUGAAAAUUUUUUCUAUUUUUAUAUAACAUUCAAAAAUAACGAAUUUAUUUGUAAUACUUAUACUUUUUUUGCUGUAUUAAUAAUAAAUGUUUUAACGAA